GCGUCCGGCACCCUGGGGGCGGGGGGCCUGGAGCCGGCAUUAGCUCAGCUUUACAUCACCCUGGGCCGGUGGCUGAGCCCGACAUCCGGGAGGAGACAGCAGCAGCAGAAGCAGUAGCAGCAGCAGCAGCAGCAGCAGCAGAGACACUUGUAGAGCCUGCAGUCCGGGAUUCGACAGGGGCGCAGACAUGCAGGGGCGCUGGGCUCUCUGAGCCCAGGCAAGGACCAGUCCAAGCCAGCCGGAGUUAAGCAAAUGAGUGCCCUGACCUUGAAGACGAUCCUCACUCCAAUGAUACUCUCUAUGGAUUCUCCUUGGAGGAAAAAACAGCUGGAGUUUGAUGAUGAUGAUGAUGGUGAUGAUGGUAACGAUGAUGACGACUCAGUUCCAGAGCAGCCCCCCCUGAAGCAAUCCCAUCGAGGCUCUCAGCUUUGCCCAGCACCCUGCCACCAGCCACUUCUCAAGUCCCCAGAGUCCACCUCUGAUGCUCCUGCUGCCUUUUCCAGGCUGGGGCCCUACGUGCUCCUGGAGGCUCAGGAAGGUGGCAGGGCCUACUGGGCCGUGCACUGCCCCACAGACACAGAGUACAUGUGUAAGGUCUAUCCUGCGGCUUCCUAUCAAGAGCUGCUGUCUCCCUACGCCCACCUCCCCCGCCACCCUCACGUGGCUCCCGUGGAGGAAGCGGUCCUGGGCCAGCAGCACAUCUACGUCUUCUUUCCAAGGGCCCAUGGAGACAUGCACAGCUAUGUGAGAGAGCGAAGGCAGGUGCCCGAGCGGGAGGCGGCCUUGCUCUUCCUUCAGAUGGCCCAGGCUGUGGCCCAUUGCCACCAGCACAACCUGGUCUUGCGGGACCUCAAGCUCCGAAAGUUUGUCUUUGUCAACCCUGAGAGGACAAAGCUGGCUCUGGAGAACCUGGAAGACUCCUGUCUGCUGUCAGGGCCAGACGACUCUCUGUGGGAUAAACAUGGCUGUCCAGCCUAUGUGGGGCCUGAGAUCCUCACCUCCCGAGACUCAUACUCAGGCAAGGCAGCUGACGUGUGGAGCCUAGGGGUGGCCUUGUACACCAUGCUGGCCGGCCGCUACCCCUUCCAGGACACGGCCCCUGCCUUGCUCUUUGGCAAGAUCCGCAGAGGUGCAUUUGCCCUCCCUGAGGGUCUCUCAGCCCGAGCCCGAUGCCUUGUUCGCUGCCUGCUGCGGCGGGAACCCAGUGAGAGGCUCACCGCCCAGGGCAUUUUGCUGCACCCCUGGUUUCAGGAAGGGGGAGACCUCUCUGUGGAGGCUAGCAUACGGGGGGCAGAGCAGGUGGUGCCAGACAGCCAAGACCCUGGGGAGGAAGUGAGGCAAGAGACUGAGGAAGAGCUAUAUAGUUAGGCUAGGGGGGCAUCUCCCCUGCCAUUGACUGCCAGCAGCCCAAGCCUCAGGGAAUCACUCCUCCUUCCUCUUUGAAUCAAGCCAAAUCCCACUUGGGUGCCUUAACGGUAGGAAAGAAGGGAGGCUGCAAACAGCUGGCACACUCAGGCACAUCCUGGCCCACAUGCACGGUGGUGGCCAUAUUGCCAUGUAGGCAUAGCCAGGGGUAUAAAAAACUGUCAUGCCCUUCCUUGUCUUGGCUACCAGGAGGCCCCCUUGAGACCCUUCCCCCCAGGACUGGGUUCUUAACCUGGGAAAGAAAGCUCUCUGGGAAGGCUGUUGGAAGGUGUGCUGCCAAUAAGAAGGCAAAAUCCUAAUUUGUAGUAGGGAGACUGGAAAGCAGGGACUGCCCCUGGGCAGAUGGAAGGUGUGGGGAGGGGACGAGGGAAUCAUCUCAGGUAUUUAGAGCUCUGAAAGAGGGAAUUCUAGGCCAAGGUAGCUGAUGGAGGGUCAGAGACUCUCAGGCUUCAAGAGAGGCCCUCAGCUUACUGACUCUGGGAACUGGGUCUUCACUUCAUGGUCCCCAAACACCAAUUCUACAUUCCUUCAAGCUGUGUGAGUCUGAGAACUAGGCCCUGUCUCCAGGGGCCUGCUCUCAGGCCUGGACACCUACUUCCUCAGAUCCCCAGGGCCCUCCAGUUGACUCUAUGGGUCAAGGACACAAUAUGCAUCUAUUUUUGUCUUUUGACUAAUAAAGGCCAUUUUUAAAAUA